CAGUUGCAUCUCAUCAUGGAGAAGGGAGAUCGAUGUUGCUUCCCCAUAGUGACGAUGCCUAAUCUAAUUGUCAUCCUCAUCGCCAUUUUCGUCAUCUUUAUUAUUCGUAUUUUGUUCGUCAUACAUCAAAGCAAGAAACCUCAUUAUAACUUGCAUCCAAAAGCUGUCAACACCCUAAUCGUUCUAGGUUCAGGUGGUCAGACAGCCGAGAUGAUUAAUCUCAUCCGUGUGCUUCAAAGGGACAGGUUUACACCGCGAGUUUAUGUAGCAGCUUCAACUGAUAAUAUGAGUCUUCAGAAAGCUCAAGUACUGGAAGCCUCUAUAUGGUUGAUUAGCGGUUUGGAAUUGCAGGCAGGUCCUGACAAGCUAAAAGAAACAGCUCAGUUCAUGCAAAUUUACCAAAGCCGAGAAGUAGGUCAAUCAUAUUUAACAUCAAUAGGGACAACACUAAUUGCUUUAGUUCAUGCGUUGUUGUUGAUGAUAAAAAUCAGGCCUCAAGUGAUCCUAUGCAAUGGCCCCGGGACUUGUUUUCCUCUCUGCGUAAUUGCGUUGCUAUUUAAGGUACUUGGUAUUAGAUGGUCAUCCAUAUUUUAUGUUGAGAGUAUCGCUAGGGUGAAGAGGCUAUCUUUAAGCGGCCUUCUUCUCUACAAGCUGCGUAUCGCUGAUCUCGUUUUUGUCCAAUGGCCUCACCUACAAAAGAAAUAUCCCCGAACUCUGUACGUUGGUUGUCUCAUGUAGUGGUGGUUGAAUGUCUAUUGCCCAUUAACAUGUAUUUGUGUCUUACCACACACCUUUCUUAGCAAUCUAGUUGUAUUAUUUCCUAGACUUCACUAUAUUUUUCCUUUCUGUUU